AUGUGCUUGGGAGGCCUCUCAGUGCUCUGCACAACUAUAAAGCGCCGUCUGUUGUCCAGGUCGUUCAAGGUGAGCGGACGCGUUAUUGAACGUCUUCGACGCCGAUGGCAAGACGCCGGCACCGUCAAAGUCGCAAAAGUUCCCGAUAUUUUCGGUCACUCUUCGAAGAUUCACACGCCUCGAAGUCUUCCGUCGCUAUUCCUCUCAACCUCUCUCCCCUCAUGGUUUGCUUUGAACCCCGCGCACGAGAACGCCUGCCCAGAGUCUACACAAAUUACGGCUGCGAGGAACGUGGAGAGGACGAACAUGAACCGGGAUCUUGACCCAGUAUCACCGACUCACGACAACUCGGGCGCAACACGGGCGGGGGAAGAACGGGUCCGCCCAGAAACACAGCCACCCCGAGUGAGACGCCUAGAUACUGGGCGAGAAGUGUAG